AUUGAAACCACUUCGCUCCAUAACGCAAAAACGAGGCGCCGUCGUCGUCGACAGUAAAGAACACGUCCACUCUUUCAUCCUUACCAUAUCCUUUCAUAUCAAAUGAAGUCUAUUGCAGUACUAUCAGUCCUGGUCUCCGCCGUGGUGGCCCAGUCCUCAUCUUCCAAUACCACUGCGAACCCCCUUAUACCAACUGAUAUCAGCCAAGGAUGUUCAUCUUUCCUCAACUCGCUUAACAGCAACUCCAACCUCACUGCAUGCACGAGUCCCAUCGUAUCAGCCACUUCAGCAUUCGGGCCUGGUGCCAACUCUAGCAGCCCUUCAUCCUCCGAUGUCAACUCGGCACUCAGCAGCCUUUGUGCAUCCAGUGCAUUCACCAACUGCCCUGACAGCAUCAUUGGCGGCCAGCUCAGCGCCUUCUACUCUGCUUGCUCUGCAGAGCUCACAUCGAGCCCUAACGACGACGUGAUCAGGAUCUAUGACACUCUUUAUGUCCUGACUCCCCUCAGACAAGCAGUCUGCUCCAAAGGUGACAAUGGCCAGUACUGUGUCACGCAAGUCACCAAUGGAAUGAACUCGUCGUCUACUGGAGUGGGCAGUGUAGACAUCGUCAUACCUGGCUCUGAUCAGGCAAAGGUUUCAAACCUUUACUACACACCCCAAGUUCUCUCCCGUCGCGAUGAUUCCAACACUACUGCAGCGCUCAUUCCCAAUACCACCACAUACCACGAUACCAAUCUCGUCUUCCUCUUCCUCCAACCCUCGAUGUCCUCUUCUUCUCUUUGCACCGCAUGCACUCGCAGCAUCCUCACUCCUUAUAUCACCUUCGAGUCUAACCGUCCCUACGCGCCCGGUCUUUCCACCAGUCCUCUUAUGAGUGGACAGACUGCCCUCGUCUCUGCCAUUCAGAGCCAGUGCGGGACUAACUUCCUCAGUGGUGCUGUCCAGGCAGCUGGUGGUAUCUCGAGUGGCAUCCUAAGCGGAGCAGCAUCCCGAUCGCUCAGCCAGGAUCUCAAUGGACCUGUCAGCAUCUUCUUAGGCAUGGCAGCACUGGCUGUGGCUAGUUUGUGAUGAGGAUUGUUUGGCGGUACUUUGAGGCUUUCUUUGUUGCUCGGGUGAUGUUCUAUUGCAAUUUCAGCUGCCCUGGUUUUCUGGACUUUGCUAUGUUAGCGAGAUACCCGCCAGGGGUUUAUGUUCAUUUAACGUUCAUAUAUUUCGUCGUCGGUGCUAGCUACCUGCGUGACUAUUUAAAAAUGAACUGGAGGUAAUAUAUUGAUUUACUAUGGAAGAUCAGCGCCUUAUGUUAUUCGA